UGAUGAACUCCCCAUGGACAUGUUGUUAGGUAUGUAUUACCUCUCUGUGGCACAGCGCCAGUUUGACUGGGACCGAAAAGUGGUCAAACACACUUUGCCAGGUGGAGGGACCGCCAGAUUACAUAAGUUCAAAGCUAGUAGUCUGAUUGAGUCCUACGGGUGCAUGUGUGCGGCCGCGUUCUACAAUUAUUAUAAGCAAAAUCAGGAGGAGGGUAUGUACUUAGUUUAUGUCUCUGCUGCAGGCGAGCCGGUGAAAAUGCCGCCGGAGAUAGAGGGAGUAGUUGCCAAGUACCCUGAUCUAUUUGAAGAGCCAACAGGGGUUGUUAAUAGGGAGGUCGUCCACGCGAUAGAGAUUAUCCCAGGGUCUAGUUUUCCGAAGGGUAGGAUCUAUCGGAUGUCUCCAGACGAGUUUGAUGAACUUUGCCGCCAACUCAAGGAACUCGUAGAGAAGGGUUGGAUCCGGCCGAGUGUCUCUCCUUACGGAUCUCCAGUAUUAUUCGUACCUAAGAAGAAGGAGGGCACUCUCAGGAUGUGCAUUGACUAUAGGGGCCUCAAUGCCAUCACUGUGAACAACAGAGAUCCCCUACCGCGCAUCGACAAUCUGUUAGAUAGAGUGCAAGGGUGCCGGUACUUCAGCAAGAUAGAUCUGAAGUCCGGGUACCAUCAGAUUGCAAUUCGGCCCGAGGAUCAACACAAAACCGCUUUUCAGACCAGGUACGGUCUGUACGAGUUUGUGGUGAUGCCUUUUGGCCUUGGCAAUGCUCCUGGCACGUUUCAGCACGCUAUGAAUCGGAUAUUCCAUGACUACUUGGAUAAGUUUGUCAUCGUGUACCUCGAUGAUAUACUUAUUUUUAGUAAGACUGUCAAGGAGCACGUUGCACAUUUGGACAAAGUCCUCAGUCUCCUGCGACAGCACAAGUUCAAGAUCAACGGUGAGAAGUGUGAAUUUGGCCGCACCCGUGUCUUGUACUUGGGUCAUGAGAUCUCCGCGGAAGGGUUGAAGCCCGAUGACGCGAAGGUAGCCAGCAUUUGCGAUUGGCCACGUCCUCAGUCUGUGACUGAGAUGAGAUCUUUCUUAGGAAUGACAGGCUAUUAUAGAACUUUCGUGAAGAACUAUAGCCAAUACGGCAUUGGCGCUGUGCUCGCGCAGCAGGAGGGGCCAAAGUUGAGGCCAGUUGAGUACAUGUCUAAGAAAAUGCCGUCUCAGAAGUUGGCUAAGUCCACUUAUGAGAAGGAACUCUAUGCGGUGUACAAGGCUCUYACCCAUUGGAGACAYUAUCUCCUUGGGAGGUUCUUCAUYCUCAGGACUGAUCAUCAGACCCUGAAAUGGAUGAGAACCCAGCCGGUACUCUCUGACGCUCUCAAGCGUUGGAUCGAAGUCAUUGAGCAAUAUGACUUUGACCCUCAGUAUCUCAAAGGGGAGUAUAACAAGGUUGUUGACGCCCUGUCGCGCAGACCAGACUUCCCAGGUGCGCUGAUUACUGAGUUCAGUCUUACGGACAAUGUUACUCAAUCUUUGGUGGAAGCCUAUCGCGAGGACCAGUUUAUGUCUGAGAUCAUAUGCAGACUUGAGGCGAAGGACAAGAAGACGUCCGCCGAGUUUGAGUUGGUUAAUGGCUUGUUGUUCCUUGAGAAGGCAGGGAAUAAACGAUUGUGUGUUCCCAAUAGUGAGUCUUUGCGUAGUUUGUUUCUAGGUGAAAGUCAUGAUGCCACCGGUCAUUUYGGGUAUAAGAAKWCCRCARCCAACUUGCUGCAGCGAUUCUGGUKGCCCACGAUGAUGCGAGAUGCACAGCUGUACGUGGAGACUUGUCAAGUUUGUCAACGGGACAAGCCCCGUACUCAGGCUCCUCUUGGGCUGCUUAAGCCCCUUCCGAUUCCGGAAAGGCCGGGUGAAAGCUUGUCCAUGGACUUCAUGGAUACGCUGGUCACCAGCAAGAGUGGGAUGAGGCAGAUCUUCGUCAUUGUGGACAGGUUUAGUAAGUAUGCUAGGUUAAUUGCCAUGCCGGAGACAGCGAAGACCGAGUAUGUAAUCAGGCUGUUCAAAGAGAACUGGGUGAGGAAUUUUGGAUUGCCUAAGUCUAUUGUAACUGACAGGGAUGUCAGAUUUACAAGUGAGUUAUGGAAGGCCGCUGCAGCUGAACAGGGAACUCAACUGCAAAUGACUUAUGGAAACCAUCCAAAAGCAAACGGCCAAGCUGAACAGAUGAACCGUGCUGUUGAACACCUGUUGAGGCAUUACAUUAAGCCCAACCAGGUGGACUGGGACGAGAAGCUUGGCUCUUGUCGCCAAUCUGUAUAAUAACGUUGUACACAGCGCUACCGGGGUGCAGGUCGUGGGAUCAAGACUCAACAAAGCACAAAAUGGCUA